AUGGCGGCGUCUCGUAGCAACAGAAACAGCAGCAGCAGUAUCAGCAGCAGCAGCACAAGCAGCAGAAGCAGCAGCAGAAGUAGCAGCAGCAGCAGCUGUAGCAGCAGUAGAAGCAGUAGCAGGAGUAGAAGCUGUUGCAGCAGCAGCAGUAGAAGCAGUAGCUGCAGCAGUGGCAGCAGCAGCAGAAGCAGUAGAAGAAGCAGUAGCAGCAUUCGAAGCAGUAGCAGCAGUCGAAACAGUAGCAGCAGCAGCAUACGCAGCAGUAGAAGCAGCAGUAGCAUCAUCAGUAGCAGCAAUAGCAGUAGCUGCAUCAGCAGUAGCAGCAGUAGAAGGUGUAGCAGCAGUAGCAGUAGUAGCAGCAGAAGUAGCAGUAGUAUUAGUAGCAGACGUAGUAGUAGUAGCAGUAGUAGCAGCAGAAGCAGUAGUAGUAGUAGUAGUAGCAGUUGUAGUAGUAGUAGUAGUAAUAGUACUAGUAGUAGUAGUAGCAGCAGUAGUAGUAGUAGCAGUAGUAAUAGUACUAUAAGUAGCAGUAGUAGCAGAAGUAGUAGUAGUUGUAGUAGUAGUAGUAGUGUUAGU